AUGAGCCAACUCCUGUGCUAUACUGGAUUCAGUAUGACUAUGAACUUUGAUAACAUUUUUCAGUACAAGAAACAAUUUCUGGAAAGAAAUGCCAACUUAAACCCUUUUGCUGCCCAGGUGGAUGAUAUGUUGUCUGAGGUCAUUCCUUGUGUUCUCCCUUUCAGACAUUUAUUUACAUUGCCCUUUAAAUUCCAUGUUGAAUUAUUCAAUUCUCUUACUUUAUCCGUGGUUUCAGCAGUUGAUGAGCUUGCGCUGUUAAUAUUUUGCUUUGUGUUUAAUAAAGGUGCCCUAAAGGGUUUAAUCUCAACUGAAAGUCCUUGCCUGUUGACACUAAAGUCCUGGCCAGCACUCCUAUGGGUGCCUGAGUACGGUUGGACAACUCAAGAAGGUCUUUCACCUGAUGAACUUUAUUGUCAAUGGAGUGAUGCUGUGGUAUUUGGAUUUCAUAAGCAAGUAUUUCUUUUGCAUACCAAGGCAUUUGCUUUGGUACUUUUGGAUCUUCCUGGACUGCUGUUCUUUUCCACGUAUACACUUCUUGUCCUUUUCUGGGCAGAGAUAUAUCAUCAGGCCAGAAGUUUGCCGACCGAUAAACUGAGAGUCUUCUACGUUUCUAUCAAUGGCAUUAUUUACUUCAUACAGGUCUGUAUCUGGGUUUAUCUGGGGAUUAAUGAUAACAGCGUCAUAGAGUUCAUUGGGAAGAUUUUUAUUGCAGUGAUAUCAUUUAUAGCUGCAUUAGGGUUCUUGUUGUAUGGAGGAAGGUUGUUUUUCAUGCUGAGACGAUUUCCCAUUGAAUCUAAAGGGAGAAGAAAGAAACUUCACAGGGUGAUGCUUUCAGCUUUCGAUUCCGAUGUAUCCCUUGACGUGCUGGACCAUCCAGUUUUGAAUUUAAUCUAUUACACGCUGGUUGAGAUUCUUCCUUCGGCUCUCGUUCUGUACAUUUCGCGCAAGCUGCCUCCUAAGAGAGUAUCAGCCCAGUACCACCCUCUCCGUUAGUCGAUGGAAAAUUUGAAAAGGCCCAUUAUGACCGGUUUACAAGGUAUAUUCGUUUUGAAGCUUUACCUGACGUGGAAAAAAAAAUUAUGUCAUUAAAAAAAAAAAUUAUCUAAAUUUUUUGGUGGUUUUGUGGGAAGAUUUGACAUUGCUCAUUUGGGUCAGUAGAUGAAGUUAU